CACAGCGUUGAAACCCUAAAUAACCUAUAAAUAAGUUAUAAGAGUAAACAAACCGUAAAUAGUUUGUAAAAUUUUUUGAUAAUCGAAAUUAAACUAUCAUACAUAAAAUAAAUAAUCUCGAUAAUGUUUUUGACAAGUUUAAACUUUGCCAAAAAAGCUAAAAGCAAACAUGUUUUAAUGGCAAUGGAAAGCUUAGUAAGUGGACAUACGAUGAAUAGAAUCCGUGAAAGACUUGCUGACAAAUUAGAGUUCAUGGCCUUCGACCCUUAUGUUCAAAAAACAGUAUUGUACAGAGAAAAAAAGAAGCUUUGUAAUAUUUACCGGCUGAAAGAUACAACGAAACCAUAUCCUGUGGUUAGGAAGCACUAUUGGGAAUCAUAGUUUUUACUUUAUAGUCAUCAUAUUUCAAUAAAUUUAUUGCCUUUUUUAAAUUAAUCAAAUAUUUUUUAAAUACUGCAAAUAAUUAUUUGUAACAAAUGAGUAACAGAUAAUAUAGAAUAAAAUUUCUGAGUUAAAUUUAUAAUACUGUUUAAUUUUGCUAUUAGACUACUCAAAUUGGAAUUUUAAAAAUAAAAAUAAUGCUCAAAAUUCGGAUUUCCUCUAUUGUAUUUAAGAGCGUUUGAUAUCAAAACUUUUCGGUUUUCAAAAUAUACUAUCAGAGAUUCGGAUACUUAUCAGUGAACUUAAAUUAACGAAUUACUUUUUACUGGACAGAAUAUUUGAAAAAAAAAAUAAUCACAAAGAUUAUCAAAUGUUUGUGAUACCUAUUCAUCUUAAACGUUCUCUGAUCAGCAAUGAAAAUAAAAAGAUAAGAAUAUUAGCUUAACAUGACUCAUAGAAAUUAGAUUUCCUCCAUAAGUCGUCGUUUCAAGACCUAAGGAAAUAUUCUCGACUAUUUUUGAUAUUUUCGUGUUCACAUGUCAUGUGAAAACGAAUCAAUUUAUUAGAGUAAUUUUAGCAAUGAUUAACCCCUGACAAACAAACAUCCAAACCGUAUUCCUCUAACAGCAGUGAGGGUAAAAAGAUCUUGUACAAUUUAAUUUUAAGUAUCCACUAAAGACGAAUAAAUUUUUUCGUUUUCAAAGUAAAGCUCGAAUAAUUCUGCGUAAGAUAGAUAUAAUUUUGAAACAAUUUAAUAAUA